AUGGUUGUUUAUGAGUUUGUUAUCGGUUUCGACUUUUCACUCACGGGGGAAGGCAGUGAUGUUAAGGUAACUUCUAACAUGGCUCGGUGUAAUUGCCAGGUAAACAAAGAAGACAGGAAAGCUCUUGGUGGUGGUAGUAGUAAUGGUUAUGGUGGUGGUAUUGGCAGUAGCGGUAGUGGUGGUGGUAGUAGUAAUAGUGGUAGAGCCAGUAGUGGUGUUGGUUGUGGUAGUGGUAUAAGUGGUGGUGGUAGUAGUAGCAGUGGUUGCGGUGGUAGUGAUGGUAGUAGAGGUGGUGGUAGUGAUAGUACUAGUGGUGGUGUUAGUGGUAGUAAUGGCGGUGGUGGUGGUGAUAGUGGCUGUGGUGGUGGUAUUGGUAGUAGUUGUGGUGGUAGUGAUAGUAAUGGUAUGGUAGUGGUGUUGGUAUUGGUAGUUCGAACUAAUUUGGACAGCAGAUGGUAUUGA